AACACACGCUUUUAGGCACUUACCAUGGAUAAGUCGAGCAAAGAAAGAUAUAGUCAGGAAAUUACAGAAAUAAAUAAUAUUGAUCCUUACACUUUGAAAGCAAGCCAUCAUAAUAAAGAAAAUGAUUUGCUGCCCUCCUUGUGUUAUCCAGAUCUCUUCACUUAUAAUCUUGUUCUACUGAAAGUGCCUACACAAUCACAAAGGAUGAAUUCAAGGCUUACAAGAGUUUAGCAGCUUACAACCAGUUCCUAGAUGGUUGGGUUCAAGAUAUUAUGGCUUUUAAACCACUAGCAAAGGUUCUUCACUCUCAGUGGUUAGCAGAAUAGGUACUGCAGCCCUGGAUAAGUCGAGAUGGUAUUAUUCUAUCAGCCCACUGUUCUUGUACAGUUGGACUUGGAGAGUCCUGCACUCAUGUGGCAGCCACUUUAUUUAUGCUGGAAGCCAACACCAGACUAAAAGAGAUUAUGCUUCAAUAUGAGGCGAGUGAAGUCACUGGAGAUCAAAUGCCUGACCAGGUCAAUGUAACUUUUAGCACAGAAACAAAAUCUCUAACCAAACUUAAUCUCAGACGCUCGCGGCAUUUUGACCUCGAUAUUCCUUUGUAUACUUUGGACACCAACCAGGAAGGAAUUUUCCAUAGGCAUAAAGUGAAAACCAGACCCAAAAAGACGGUCGCUUCUUCAAGUUUUAUAGACAGGGACGCUAGUUACGAUGAGAUGAAUGCGGACACAGCGAUAGAUAAUCUACAAGCAUUUAACAUAGGCUCUGGGAGUAGCAUCGUUGGCAUUUAUGAUCACGUGAUGCUGUUAACAGGUUAUAACCUCUUUACAGCGGAUGGUAACAAUAAUAAACAAGAUACCUUAGGCCUUGCAUCUAAGAAAGUUGCAGAAGACAGUAUGGAAAAGGCUGCAAGGGAAGUGAAAGAAAAGGUUGGAAUCAGCAACGAAGAAGGCAUCACUGACUGCGGUGUGAGCGUUGAUGGGACAUGGCAGCGUCGAGGGCACUCGAGCCAUCAUGGUGUUGUUACAGCCAUAUCAAUAGAAACAGGUCUGCAUAAAUGGACAAUGUGUCAGCGACCCAUACGCUCCUCAACUUGAUGAAAACUGUGCAUUUGGAGACAGACCGAGCUAUUCUUGCAGUUUGUAUAUCAAUGACUUUAUGGGCAACUGUUACUCUACUCUUAGCUAUCGAGCAUGUUGUGACACGUGUAACAAUGUGUCUAGGCCCGUGAAAGGUAAACCUCAAUACACACAUUCAAUGAUCUAUUACGUCAUACAUAAUGCCAUACAUGUCAAUCCAUGUCUAGUAACACUUAGAGUAUCUUAGAGGAAUGUAAUCCUUCAGAAUUAAGAUAUAUGGCUAAAUAUGUAGGCUUUGGCCUCCUUAGAUAAAUGUAGAUGUUAUUUGAAGUAAUUUGUUCAUUAUAAAAAAAAAUGUAUCCCGUCUUGGAAAUGUUUAUUUGUUGGUAUUCUGUUCAGUCCGUAGCUUUGUUGUUUCCUUAUAUAAUCCAAUCCACUUUAUCGGUUGCUAAUGUUUUGUUUUGUGAGCUAGAGGUAUUUGUAUUUUUUGACGCAUCGGCAGAAUUUAGGCCAUGUCCUGCCCGUAAUCCCUCUAAGGAACUAGAGGUCAACAUAUCUAACUUUGAUUAAGUUGUUUAAGAAGUGGUACUGUUUUCAGUGGUCGAGACAUAAUGAAUAAGUAUAAUUAUCUGUUUACUUUUAACAGAGUGUGUACUAGGAGAACCAGAUUUAAGUCCACAGCUGUGUACUAGCCCAAGUAUCUGCUAGACACAACCAUUGAUGUGCUGUAAAUAUUGUUCUUCCCGAGUCAAUUCUGCCAGCCGCCUCUCAUUAUACACUAUUUGGAUAGAUCUAUAUUAUUCUAUAUCGUUGUUUUUUGAAUUGCGUUCUAUUAUUAUAUGUCUAUUAGGUAGAUAAAGUUCAAAUGUCUAUUAGGAAGACAAAUUACAAAUGUCUAUUAUGUAGCUAAAGUAGAAAUGACUAUUAGGUAGAUAAAGUACUUAGUAGCCCGAGUAGGUCUACUCCACUGAAAUCCCCUUGUUCGAUAUUUUACUAGAUUCUAGAUUAUAUAGAAUAUAUAUACUACAACAAGUUAGUUUUAGUUUUUGUCCCCACAACGAUACCAAUCAUAAUGAAGCAAUCAUUGGUGUACUGUGCAUGAAAUAAUUGUAGUUUUAUUGACCUCUAAUAAAACGUGGCUUUGAUAAUUGAGGUAAUUGAUAAUUUGCAUGCUUUUGGACGUCCUCUAAUACUGGAUAAAUUGUGUUGCUAGUUUUUUUUUUUUUUUCAUUAAACGAUUUCAAGUUCUUUAUAUAAUGUGUUGCCUUUUCCAUUUAUAAGUUAUUUUACAGUUACUGCACUUGUAACGACUUGUUUGUUUUGUUUCUUUUAGUGUAAAUGAACUUUCCAAUUUAAUUUUUUAAAGCAUUGAUUCUGAUUUGCAUUUAAAUGUAUUUAUAAAUCUAUAAAGAAAACUUAACUAGACCCAACACCGGAUGGCUCUCUCUGCACUAGAUGUGGAAAAAUAUACAGGUUGUGACUGGGUUUGAGUAGUCAUGUGAAACACUGCAUUCAUUAAAAUCUUGGAAAUUGAAGGCAUUGACAUUCAUUGUAUAUCAUUUGUCUUCAGUGUAAUUAUUAUAGGAUUGUUUCCACAGAAUUUUAAAAUUUGUUAUGUUGUCUUCUUCAUCAUCAAUUACACCUUAAUAAUGUUGAUUCAUCUAUAUUGUUUCUGUAAGCAAGUACUCUAUAAUUAAUGUUUAAACAAAACAGUGUAUGAUGCUGGCAAAUGCUUGUUACUGCAGACUACUAAACAGCUGUAUGCUGGUAUUUUGUAAACAAAUACAGACAAAACUCCACAAAUAAAUGACAGGAGAGGGAACUGUUUCAAAAUUUAAUUGCAACAAAUAGUUUGUCCUAAUCUUAGGUAAAUAACAAGCGUUACAUCCAGGUAAUAACUUUAGUACUUUAUAUCCUCAGUAAAUAGUUUGAUUAUGCUAUUCACAAGUAACAUUUCAGAAAAGCUGCAAAUAAACUGAGUCCCUUCAAAACAACUGUCCAUCUCAUGGCUAAAUGUUUAUAAAAAAAAUUGA